UUCUGCCUCAAUGUCAACGACCAUCGAUAAUCGUGCUCCUCUCGCCAACCGUGCCACCUCUAUGUCGUUGGGCCAGAAAUGGGCACGGGCAGCCUCUAGUACCAAGCGCCCUCACUCUCCUGAAGCAUACAUUGAUGCUGCUGUGGAAUUCAAACGCCAACGUGCCAUAGGCCCUAAUGUCUCUGCACCAAAACACAAAGACAAGGAGCGCAGACACACAGAGCGGGCUCAGAAGGACAAGGAAUUCAAGGACAAAUACUCGCGCGCGUUUCCCACCUUUACCUUUCAUUUCGACCUGAGCAAUCUGGAACCUGAUACGGGUCUCCGGAAGAGCCUCGAGGCUCGUAUAACGCAGCUCGGCGGGAUUAUCGACGACUUUUUUUCCAAAGAUGUGACCCACCUCAUUACCAAUCAGAAAGGGGAAGGAGACGACGACGCCGACAAGGAAAAUAACCCGAAAGGCGCUAUUUCGAAGAUGAUCUUGACCGUCAAAAGUCCAAGUAAAUCGCGAACUCGUGUCGUCGUCGAGGACAGUCCUAUAUACGGGCUUAUCACCAAGGCCAUGGAAUGGAAGAUGAAAACAUGGAGCACAGCUAAACUUGAUAGCGUUCUCUCACGAUGUCUGGAGGUCCCCAUGCUGACGGCUUUAAACCCUUCCCGGACGAUAAAUGCUUUACAACUGACGAAUCCUGUUCAACCCCAUCGCUCUCUUGCACGCCUAUUGCAAUCGGAACGUGUUCAUGGCUCCACAGAGCGCGAUCCGACCCAGAAACGUUAUGAUUUCACUUAUUUUAGCCGUGGCAGUUAUUGGGUCCUCGUUGAAGAUAUGCGGCAGGAAUUAGCUACUAUUGCAGCCCACGAGUACGAAGUAACCAAGGGGCGGGACUCAAGUGUAAGGGGGUCUUGGCCUGUUGCUUACUGUCAUCCUCACGCAAGAGGGCCGUUCAUUCCUUUCGAUGAUAGGGAGAAGAGACGUUGGGAAAGGACCAGAAGGGAAGAGAUGGAGCAGCAGGAUGAACGGGCUCAAGAGCAGAAGAAGUUACUGCGCUUAGAGGCGAUGAAACGUAAAGCUCGUGCUCAAGUUCAGAGCAAAGUUCCUGGCGAUCUUCGACGCUCCGCAUCAAUGAAUAAUUUACACCGGAGAAGUGUACUUGAAGAGCAAGAUUUCGGGGAGGUCUUGGGCGAUGACAAUAUUGACUCGGCAAAUGCAUCGGGAUAUCUGGGAUCUGGUACCUAUGUUGCAGCUUCUGGGAAUAGUGUCAGCAUCACAUCUACUACUGGUACAACCUCGACCGCUGGUUACUCGCGGUCACGUCCCCUUCCUCCGUCUUUACGUGCACAGAUAGGUAAUGAGGUGACCACAUCUCGGAAGUUGGCCUCGGUUACCAAAGAUGGUGAUGGUAAAAAUACAAUGGGACCGCCUGCUUAUAUUCCUACCAGAAGCGGGCUCAGGAAGAGCCGAAGUACCAACAGUCUACGGCUACCAAAGCGGGAGGAAGGCAGUAAACCAGGAUAUUGCGAGUCCUGUCGAAUCAAGUUCGACGAUUUCAAAAUAGUAGGUGUACAUGUAUCGAUUUCACAGCACAUUGAUUAUGCUUCUAGCACGUGAAAACGAAGAAACACGACAAAUAUGCCAAGAACGCCGCCAAUUUUUCUUCCUUAGAUUUUGUCUUGUCCCGAGUCAGACGUCGAACACGCGUGGAAGUUGAGGCUGACCAGCAACGGGAAGAGCAGGGGGAGGAAUGUCUCCGCAAUGACGAUGACGAAUAGAUAUACUUGCAUUGGUACAUGCUUAGUUUUUGCAUAUGAACUCGGUUUUUUGAGUAUAUCACUCACCACCCUUAUCUUCUUUGUUGUUUUACAAAUCGUAUUAUUUCUAUUCUCUCUAGUUUUGUUUAAACAUUCCUCAUUGUAGCAUAUACAGCAAUCACAGAAGUCAUA